AUGAGGAAUAAGACAGUAACAACUUUCAUUUUAUUAGGACUGACAGAUGAUCAACAACUUCAGGUUCUGGUUUUUGUGUUUCUCUUUCUCGCCUAUAUGCUGAGUAUGACUGGGAAUCUGACUAUCAUCAGCCUCAUCUUAGUAGACUCUCACCUUAAGACAGCCAUGUACUAUUUUCUACAAAAUUUUGCUUUCUUGGAGAUAGUAUUCACCUCCGCAUGUAUUCCAAGAUAUUUGUAUAACAUAGCAACAGAUGACAAGAUGAUUACUUAUAAUGCCUGUGUCAGUCAAGUAUUGUUUAUUGACCUCUUUGGUGUAACUGAAUUUUUUCUUCUGGCUGCCAUGUCCUAUGAUCGCUAUGUGGCCAUCUGUAAGCCCCUACAUUAUGUGACCAUCAUGAGUCACACAAUCUGCAGAAAAUUCGUCUUUUGUUGUUGGGUAGCUGGUCUGUGUAUUAUAAUUCCUCCACUCAGCCUAGGACUAAAGCUCGAGUUUUGUGAUUCUAAUAUCAUUGACCACUAUAUCUGUGAUGCAUCUCCCCUCUUGAAAAUCUCUUGUUCAAAUACCUGGGUCAUGGAACAGACAGUUAUAUUCUGUGCCGUACUGACCCUCAUUGUGACACUCAUAUGUGUAGUUCUUUCUUACAUUUACAUCAUUAAGACAAUUUUAGGAUUUCCUUCUGCCCAGCAAAAGAAGAAAGCCUUUUCUACUUGUUCAUCCCACAUGAUAGUGGUUUCUAUCUCCUAUGGUAGCUGCAUCUUCAUCUACAUCAAACCUUCUGCAAAGGAAGAGGUGACCAUAAACAAGGGUGUGACAGUCCUCACUACUUCCAUCGCUCCUAUGCUGAACCCCUUCAUUUACACACUGAGAAACAAGCAAGUAAAACAGGCCUUCAAGGACUCAAUCAAAAGAAUUAUAUUUUACAAAAAAUAA